UCACAGACCAGGGAACCUGUGUUCGUCUCACCUGGACAGGUGUCGGCAGCCCAGGCAGGCAGGUCCUUGACGUGCAGGAAGAGGACAACCAGGACUGUGACCCCUGGGGCCAUGGCGACUCUGCUCUGCUCCCUGCCCUCUGGGCUGUGACUGCAGAGAGGCUCCCAGCUCUCAUAGGGCAGGGGAAGCCAGCCCUAGUUACGGCUGCGGUUUCUCAGUUCCCUUGGGGACACGCACUUCCUACAGGUUGUUCAGUUGCACCAACAGGCAGAUGUUCCCUUCCAGCUAGGCCCCCGCAAGCCGCCUGCGUAGCUGGGCUCGCUUCCCUACAGAGACACCCUGUUCCUAGUCCAGAGAGCUCCCAAGCCCUCCGGCAAGAGUCUGCCUGGUUCGUGGCUUAAGGAAAGCCCAUCCGCCAAGCCCCCUUCUCAUUCCCAGCUACACCCAAGCAAUACCCUGAGAUAAGGAAGGUUUUGCGGAAGAAGGUUUCCUGCCUUAUCUGAUUUCCAGAAAAUUCAGAGUUUGAGAUGGUCCUUGGGCAGUCAACAGGAAGGGAGAGAAGAAAGUGCUAAGCACCUCUUGUAUCCCAAUUGCUGCUGACACCUUAUGAUCCUCACACCAGCCCCAAUGAGCAGAGCAAAUUAUCUGACAACUACAGGUGGAGAAAUUGAAGUCUCAUGGCUAGUAAGAGCCGGACGUUGGAAUCCCCUGUCUGGAACCCUGUGGAUCACUGGGGUUGUUCUUGUUCCUUACACCUGAUGGUAAAGAUACUUCUUGUCCCCCCAAAUCUUUGAGGCCGUAUUCCGCAUCUUGUGCAGUGAAUCGCACUCAGCCUGGACACCAUGUGGGCAAGAAGGGCUUCAGAGGACAUGGAGGAACAGGCACUACGAAGAGCUGGAAGGUCACGGGAGGGGACGAGCAGAGAGGAGCUGUUACUGGUUUGCCGUGUCUCUGGCCCAGCGUGUGUAGCUGGGGCUUCCAACCCAAGUGGGAGAGAAGUGGACUGAUGGCCGGACAAGGGGCUUAGCAAAGCAGGGGACGGCUCAGGGCACAUAGGACUUUGUGUCCAGCCUCUGUGGACUGCCACACUAGACUUUGCAUACUUCUGUGGGUGGCUUCAGCCUAUUGGUGGGGCAAGGGGGGGGUAGGUUUCACUGACUCAGAUGCCAUUUAGUGUCCCUGAGCUAGGCACCAGGCGGGACAGGUCUGGACAUCAGCAGUACAACCUCCUUUCUCGGAGAAGAGCCAGUUCAGGAGCGAGAGUCACCUAGGGUUGAGUUAGGACAGGGAGCGAGCCAGCAGGCCUGUGUCCCUCCACUCCACCUGCCAGCAGCCCCCUAGGUGUGAGGGGACUUACUUUUCUUUGUGUUGUCAAUGGGAUUAUUUCAGGUUCAAUGUCAACAAUGCAGCCAGAUAUCCAGUCAAUGUUCCAAGAGUAUGAGCGCCUAAGAAUAUAAAAGAAUGCAAGAUUCUGACAAGUUAAAGUAUCUUAAAGUUGGAUCAGUGAGAGUCAUUUGACUUCUGGCAGUGGUAGUUCAGGUAUCUGGGGCCCCGCCUCCUACUGGGGACAAGCACAGAGAACAUUAAAGAAGAGAUUUGCUUGAAGGCGUGGUCCAGCCAGCGAUGCAGGGCAGGAUCACCCUGCAGCAAAGGAAGGACGGAGACCUCGCAGAAGUGAAACCAGUAUUUGGGGCCUCUUUUGCCACAGUGAUUUGCUAAUCCCCAAUGACAGCUGAAAAGUUGGGCAGUUGCUUUCAUAAUCUUGCAGUGGUAAAGGUCAAAGGUUGGGGUCCAGAGCCUGCCAGGGCACGGAUUUGGGGGUGGGAUCCACAGGGGCUGCACCUGGGAGUAGGAUGAAUGAGCAAUGUCCACCCUGGGCUCCCUCUCCAGCCUCCGACGCGCCACCCCUACUUCCUCCCUGUGGGCUUCCUGGCCCGCUCCAGCCUCAGCUGCAACGCUGCCACCUCCUCGUCCCUGCGCCAGAGAGGACGGCCCGGUCUGCUGUGCGCUGGCUCCAGGACAGGAGCGGAGGGGCGAGCCGGAGCACCUUCCACCCCAACCUCCCGCAGGACCCUCAGGUCACGGAGUGGCUGCAGCCUGAGCUCCACCACCUCGCUCCAUCAGGGUCCUUCUAGCCCUGGGCCCCCCACCCCCACCUCCUGGUGUCACCCUCAGGGAGCCCUGGUCCCCCCUCUGGCCCAGGCCCCUGGGCCUCACCUGGCAGCAGCAGCCCUGGGUGAGGAGCAGGGCCUGGGCGCCCCCAGACCCGGUUCUGCUGAUUCAGGACGUGGACCUUGGGCCACCUCCCUGCAGGCUGCGUGGAUGACGGCAGGCAAGCCCAUCCCUGGACACAUCCACUGCCUUUCCCUGUCCACCUGCCCGGUCUGGCAACCCAGGGGGCUCUGGCCCACCCUCACCACUGCCCACGCUGCAGUGAAGCCCCCCAAGGGCCUGUGCCAGAGUCCCCUGGCUCACACCGAGACUGGGAUUUCUGGGUCAAAUGCAUCUUAAUUUGGCCAAGUGAAGCUGGACUGUUUGGAACGGCUUGGCCCCCGUGGGGGGCUGUGCGGGAUUCUAUGCCUCCCUACUGACGCUGAACUCUUGGCUUUCCAAACACUGCUGGUGACUUUGAACCUCUUGCCCAGACUCCUUAGCUUCAAGGCUACCGGUGUAACUUUCUCUCAUAUAAACUGUUCCUUCAUAGCUUUUGCCCAUUUUUUUUCUCGUAGGGCUGCUGCCUCUCACGGUGUACGCCUUGAACUCGAGAUAUGGAUCAUUUGUUGGCUUAAGACUUGCAAGGAUCUUCUUCCAUCCGACCAGCUCUCUCUCCACUGACUUAGCCCUUACGGUUUUUGAGUUCAUCAAUGCCUUCUGUCUAGCGAGCAGCCAUCUACCAAAAUAUGUGUUCUGUGGCGCCACCUUCGUGGGGUCUGAACGUCCCACGGGGGUCAAUGCCAGCCGGAUGCCUGAGCGCUCGGCUCUGGCCCUGCUGUCUGUGACAAUAUCGCCUGGUGUGUGUUUCUGCAUCUUUGCAGGACGUCUUACCGUCUCACAGGACAAGCCCACCGUCUUAACUCUUCUUAUCUAAGCUGAUAUAGCUAUCUGUGGACCUGAAACCUUGGCUCACUUUUGAAGUCCUUGUUUUUGGUUGGGAUUGCACUGUUUAUGGGUUAAUUGGCAGACACUUGACAUGUUUGUAACACUAGGUCUUCCCGUCCGAGAGUGUGGUGUCUUGGGAGCCUUCUGGUUAGAGCGAUGUUACUCAGCUCUCGUGGAACAGGCCCCCAGCUCUCGUGUCAGGGUUUUAUUUGGGGCAAAGUGUCCUAACUUGCGUGGGAAUUGGGUCCAGGGAAAGCCACACUUGCCCAUGGGGGGUUGUCCCAGUGCUUGUGCACAGCAGAAGUGCGCUCAGCAGGUGGGUGAGAUGGGACCCGGCCGGCAGCUCCUCGCACGUGGGUCACCACAGGCCCGCAGUGGCCCUCCCCGGUGUGUUCCCAAGAGAAGCAAAAACACACCCCCACACAAACACCUGCACGUGCGUGCUCGCCGCGGCAUCAGUCAUAAUAACCAAAGGCGGCAGCAACGCUAGGCCCCCCGGUAACGAAGGGAUGAACAAGACGUAGCCCACCCGUCGGUGGUGUCCCGUCGGCCGUAGGAGGGGUGGAGCUUGACUCAUGCCACCAUGCGGAUGGCCCUUCAAGGCACGCUAAGCCCAAGAGGGCAGACCACACGGUCUUGACUCCGUUUAUGUGACGUGUCCAGAAUGGGCGAAUCCACAGACACA